UAUUUCGGGUUCGCACUGUAGCGUGUGUCGUCGUUGACAGUGACUGAUACUGAUACUGAUACCACAGAUAUACGUAAAUCUGUGCUGAUACUGAUGCUGAUACUGAUACUGACUGAUACGGAAAUGAUUUUCUACUUAGGCAAAUUUUUUUUCUAUUACGCACGGGUGUAGGAAAGUCUUAGAAAAACUAUAUUUACAAUGACCUGAUUCUCGCAUCACUACGCUUUAUUGUGUGUGUCAAUUCUGAAAUGUAUUUUUCAUGGAAGAAUUGGCACAAAAGUGUGCUGAAAAGAACACAAUGCAGAUAAACUCGAAGUUCAACAAGUUUAUCUAAAUCGUCACAAUGAUCCUCUAACCUCGUGCAUAUAAUAUGUACAUCAUACGCAUCAGGUCCAGAAUACCGAUCAGAAAAAACAUGACGAAUUUGUUCCACUCCAACUUCUUGGUUAUUAAUUGGCACUACUACAUCUUGGGAAUAAUAAUUUAUUUGGUCGUCUGUUUACUUCUUCAUUUGAAGACGAAGUAUACCGAUCACCAAACCGCUCAGACGAGCGGCGAAGAAGAAGAAACUGAAACGCCACAGACGGAUAACGAGAAUAGGUGGCAUUUGGGCGAAGAUUGCGAACAUAUUCCGCUCGUUUACAAAAAAGUACCGCCACACGAGGCCGUUGCGAGAUCGAAGGAGUUUUACGAGUACAUGAAUGCCAGAAGGACCGUUCGUCAUUUCAGCAACGAGGAAAUCCCGCCCGAGAUUAUUGCUAAUGUUAUUAAAACUGCGGGUACCUCCCCAAGUGGCGCCCACACAGAACCAUGGAAAUUUGUCGUAGUAAAAUCUUCAGAGUUGAAGCAAAAGGUGAGAGAAAUAAUAGAAGCGGAGGAGGAGAUCAAUUACAGAAAACGUAUGGGAAAGGUGUGGGUGGACGAUCUGAAAUUCUUGCGCACGUUUUGGGUUAAAGAGUAUCUCACUGACGCUCCAUGUCUCAUAUUCGUGUUUAAGCAGUCCUACAGUAUCCGCGACGGCAGAAAGCAAAGGCACUACUAUUGCGACGAAAGCGUUCACAUAGCGACUGGGUUACUGCUUGCGGCGAUACAUUACGCCGGCUUGGUGGCGCUCACCUCUACACCGCUGAAUUGUGGUCCGGCUCUACGAAAACUCCUCGAUCGCCCAAAGGAGGAAAAGUUAGCUGUUCUUCUGCCGGUAGGUUAUCCCGCUAAGGACUGUACAGUACCGGAUAUAGCUCGCAAACCUCUUCAAGAUAUAUUGGUAGAGCUCUAGGGGUGCAGAUCAAUGUAUCAAAUGCAAUAUUUGUAUCUACACUAUUAUCUAAACACAAUAAACGUUCUAUUAUGUUUCUA